AUGCCAGUCCACUCAGUGUUGAGUGAAGCUUAUAUUGAUUGCGUCACGGAGCUGAGGGAGGUGAGCGGCCGGAGCGACGAAUUUCACCUGCACGAGAUAUGGUCACCUGGCGAAGGCGUGAACCUCAAGGAAGCUCACCUGGCGACCUGGCAUAUGGGUGAAGAGCAGAUACCGCGCCCCGCCCACUCCCCUACGCCGCCCACGGACCCCGUACCCUACGCCCCUCCGACCCAGAGUUCAUCCCGAGGGCCGACGCAGAGGCUGAUGUUCGCCAGCACGCCCAAGUACGACCGGCGGCACGACCUGAGCGGCGUGCACUUCAGGAUCACCUCGAUUAACGACACGCGGGCGCACAAUUCCAAGUAUGACCUCGAGCGGCGGCGGGAGCGUCUUUCUGGAUUCUUCGGGGAAGUGUGGGAGGUGCUUAGGAAGGAAAUGAACUUCACUGUGGGUGAAGGUGUGGGCGUGGAUGUGGGUGUGGUUGUGGGUGUGGGCGUGGAUGCGGGUGUAGCUGUAGGCGUCGAUGUUGGCGUGGAUGUGGGCGUGGAAGUGGGUGUAGGUGUGGGCGUGGAUGUGGGUGUAGGUGUGGGCGUGGAUGUGGGUGCGGGCUUGGUCGUAGAAGUCUACUCCGUCCGAACUCCCGCCGACGGAGAGUUCGGGGCGGAAUCUAACGGCACCUGGACAGGACUCAUAGGCGACUUACACAGCGGAGAGGCGGACGUCAUUGUGGCUUAUCUCUCAAGGACUUACUCUCGCACUCAGGCUGUCGACUACUCCUCGGUUCUCGUCAAGUUUAGCUACCGCAUCUUCGCCCGCCCUCCGGAGAGAGCUUCCGUGUCCUGGACGUCCUACACUCGGCCCUUCUCGGUGGGGUUGUGGGUGUGUCUGCUCCUGGCGCUGGUGCUGCUGGGGAUCCUGUUCUGGGCGAUAGCAACGUGGUACUGCCGGCGGGAGGAGAGGUCGAAGACGCCCUCGAAUCGUCUGCAGCGUUUUCGAGACUGGAAGUCGGAUUCUUCCAUGGUGAUGUGGGCCGCUAUCACUCAGCAGGGAUGGACCGUAACGCCAGAGGUGAGCAUCCUCCGGUCGGUGUUCUGGAUCGCGUACAUGGUCGGGGUGGUGGUGGUGGCAGCGUACUCGGCCACCCUCGUCUCCUUCCUGACGGUGCAGGGAGACAACCUUCCCUUCGAUUCCCUGGAUGAUAUUCAGAGGAUCGGCAAGCAUCGUCUGGGAAUCCUCAAGGGCUCGGUUCUUGAGGAGUUCUUCAAGAACCAGAACUUCAUACAGUACUUUAACUCGCUCAUCCUGCCCUACCCGGACACGUUGGCCAAGUCCUACAAGGAGCUGAGGGCGCAGGCUCUCAAGGACUCGGACUUCGCCUACGUGGGCACGCACGAGAUCCAGCGGCUCGACAGCGUGGGGGCGUGCACCUUCCGCUCCGCCCGCCAGCACCUCCUCUUCAACGACGGCUCGCUCGGCUGGCCCAAAGGGUCGCCCUACGUCCAGCUCUUCGAUCAUUUCAUCAGCAGACUCCGCGAGUCGGGCCUGCUGCAAAAGAUGUUACUCGACUGGUACCCCGAUUCUUACUACUCGUGCCCAGACCAGCCUGUAGUUGCCUUGGGCCUCAAGCAGGUUUUUACGGCAUUCGUGAUGCUCGGGUGCGGCGCUCUGGAACAAAGUAGAAAGACGCUGGCCCAGACGAAAUACCUUGAGUAUGAGAGUAAAUACAGCCUCUGUGGAAACAAGAAUAGAAUAUCCCAGGUCAACCAUGAACAAUAA